UCCCCGCCCUCCGCCACGCCCUCCCCCGCUCCCUCCGACGACGAGCUCACCCCACCCCCGCCGCCGCCGCCGCCCCCGCGCUCCGACAGCCUGCGCCUGUCCGCCGAGGACAUGGUGCUCGUCGCCAACGCGGGCCUCCGGACGCCGUCAGGUGCGUUGGCUCACUACCUCACGGCGUACACCCCGGAGUCGCUGGCCCGCAGCGACUACCUGCGCCCGCCGCUGUCGCCCGCGCGCGUGCAGCCGCGCUCGUCGCUGUCGCUGCGCGCGGACAGCGCCGACGUCGACAUGAAGCAUCGCAUCCCGCACACGUCCAGCGUGUACGCGCUGCGCAGGCAGGGCCGCGUGCGCUCGCCCGUGUCGCCGCCGUGCGACUGCCUGCCCGUCGACCCGAUACCUCCGCCGGAGCUGUUCGAUUUUUGAAACUUAAAUGCCGAUGUCGUCACGUCUCGCGAGAUUAAAAUAUUCGACGGGGACGGCCGGCUUCUUCCGCGCGACCGGACCUCGACCCGUUCCAUUUUCAAACCUUCCACCGGUGGUCACGUUUCCGCGCCUCGAGCUUAGGAGCCGUUCGAUUUUCGAAUCCAUCAGCGGCGCUAUAUUGAUCGGUUUCCAUCAACCGUCGCGGCGAGACAUAUUGAGUUCGAUUCGAAUUUUUAGUUUAAUUACGGCCGCAGAUUGAAGUGCGUUAAUUUCUCCCGCGAACGGAGUUCACGGAGAAGUAUCCGUAACGUUCGGAAUUAAUUCGAUUUGUGUAUUUUCAAAUCGAUGUUUUCUCGUUUCUAUUUCGAAUGUAUCUUAACGAAAUCGACUAUGAAUUUAGUUUUAUUGUGUUUCGUGAGACACUUCACUUUUAUUAUGUUAAUAUUCGAAUAGAUUUUUUUUCUAUUACAAAAGACUUAAGGUUAAUAAUUAUUAAGAUAUUGUUGUAAUAUAAAAAAAAUGUUUUAUCUAGCUAUUUCUCUAAUCAGUCGAACUCAAAUUAUGGUUAACUUUGUCAUAUUUUAAAUAAUCAUACGUAGGAAAUAAUUGAUUUAUCAUAAAUAUGUAAAUAUCUCAGCUCAAGACUAUUUCAUCCGAAUACACUUUAGUGUUUCCAGAACGAUGAACUAUAUUAUGUACUAUAUUCGGGACUGGUCUUUUAUAAUUUUUCACAUGGCAAGCGGAAGUGUUACCCGCUAUGUUAAAUAAUUAAAAAUAAAUGAAUUCACUAAGACUUAUUAUUUAAUCUGUAAUAUCAGUGAUUGAUGUAUUGGGGCGAGAUUAUAGCGAGUUGUGCCAAGUGCCGGUUCUCAGAAUUGUCAGUGUGGAAGUGUAUCGAUGACGGUUCCGUCAACAUUCUAUCGAACCGAACGUAUGUUUAGUUAAAUGUAAUCGCUCUCAAGUUGAAACGCCUCGUUUAUUUUGUAAAAAUAAAUAAUUGAAACUUUUAUCGUCGUGUCGUUCACGGAUUUUUAAUUAUUAUUUUUUUAAACAUAGUUAAGGAACGGCCGAUUGGUGUGUGUCGUGCGGAAUUGUUUAUUUUUAAAUAAUUUAAAAAUUUUAUCACUUUUAUUUAUACUCGAACUGGCGUAUUCUGGUUUAACUUGAUUUUUUUAAAAAGACAUUUAACGGUCGCGCUGCACACACCGACGCACCGACGUUUGUGCUAUCGCUUACAUAUUAAUUUACUUAUCUUAAUAAUGUAAUAAUGUACAAAGUGAGUUUGCGCUCAAGAUACAAGUUAGCUUAGUGUUAAUGUUAAUUUUCUUUCCAACCGCAAUGACAAAUGUUGAUAUAAAAUAUUGCUGUCUUAUUGACGACAUGUUAUCUGUCAUUGUUGAACUCUCCCGCUACAUUCGUUAAUUUUACAGCUUUUAAAUUAGAAAGUAACGAUCCGCCAUGUUGAAAUUGCUCUAUUAAAAAGUUUUUUUUUCGUUUUAUUUUUUAUCAUAUGUCAACAUUGAAUUAAAUGUAUUUAAUUUAAUUAAAUCAGUGCAAUAAUAAUUCUCCCCAGUCAAUAUCCUGUAUUGAAUAUUUGAAAUGAAAAGACAAUUUGAAAAUGGCAAUAGAAACAUUGGUCGAUUGUGAAAUAGUCAUCGACCCUUUAGUAAUGCUAUAGCAAAGUUUAAAAAAUAUGUUAAAUGAUAGUUUUUAAAAAUUUUGCUAUGGCAACACUCGUAACAAAUGUCAUCUAUCCGCGCUUCUAUGUUUGAAGUGUGUCAGUAUAUAAAAAUGGUAACACGCGGUCGCCCACUGCAGUUGCCUCUUUCUAAUUAUAAGGCUGAAUUAGAAAGUGUCAAAAUGUUCUAUUAAAUGUACCACUGUGGGUUGAACUUUCAAUCUAGACGCAUUAUAGGGUAACUCACAAAAAAAAAAUGUUAGAUGUGUAACGUAAUUGUGAUCAAAGUAUUAUGGACUUUGUAGUUAUAGCAAUAAUGUUCAUUAUUACACGUGUCAAAUUGUUCUGUUUUAUUUUUAAUUUUACCUUAUUGUUACACGGUAUGCAUUGUAAUCAGCCUUUUAUUUGUGAUUAAUAUAAUAUAUUCUUUUGUGAUUUGGUGUGAUGCUUUCAUUUUUAUUUUAUCUCUUUGUGAGUGAAUUUUCGCAUACUUACUAGAUAUAAAUAUUAAAAUAGGUACGUAUGUAUGUAUGUUGUAAGCCGUGCGGGCGAUCGCGUAUCUUUUUCUAUAUUCUAAUUAAGUGUAGUGUUAUACUUUUACAAGAAAUCACAAAUCUGACCUUUCGGCUUUUGACUGUCGCGUUGUUACGUCAUAUACUAUUAACAACACAAUGCCGCUUUAAGAACUUGGUAUUAGGAAAAUGGUAUCAUGUUGUUGUUUUUUUUUUUAAAUUAUUUUUAAAACAUAAACAAUUAUAUAAAGUAGCAACACUGACUGUAAAAUCGUUUUUCAAUUUUAUAAAUAUUUGAUUUACUGUUUUUUAAUUAUUUAAUUCUUUAUUAAUGUACAAUAUUCAUAACUCUUAUAAUAAAAAGUUAAAAAAAUAAAUGAAAAGUUAUUUUUAUUUUUGCCAUUAAAAUAUAUCUCCGUCCCUUUUUGACGUUUUAAUACAAUAAAAGAAAAUGUAACAUCAUUACCCGACUUUAAAAUGAACAGUGUUGCUAUACAAAAAAAUUACCAUUAAAAAUAUAACAAUAAUGAACUGCCAAUUACAUGUGAUUUUAGGAGAAAAUAUGUUUCUUAAAUAGUUUUCAUUGUUUCACGACGCGGCAAGUCAAGUCGAAGUACAUAAUAAUGUUUACAUACUGUAGUUAUAUAUAUGAGCUUUGGUUUAUGAAAUAAUUUAGUGUAGUCGACCGUGGCCUGGAGAUUGACUUGUGGUACGGCGAUUGUGAGAUAUUCAAGGAAAUAAAUUUUAUUUUUAAUUCCAA